AUCUCCUUCUCAGUCUCGUCUCCCGUCAUCCAUCCACUCUCCUUGAAAUAAUGGCUGCAAACAUUAUCGACGCGGUCACCGCGCAGGCGUCCUUCCCGGAAUCCAACCCCUUCGGGCUCGUCACCAACGGCGAGGCCAACCCCAUGCUCAUCCAGAUCACCAACUCUGGCGAGAACAACUUUACUCUCGUUUCCGCCUCGGCCUCGUACCACGACACCAACAAGCACUGGAAGCUUGUUAAGAAUGCCACUGUCACUAAGCUCAACCUCCCCGUCAACGCCGGCGCCAACUUCACCGCCCCGUACAACCUGAACUCGGAGCUCCGCUCGGCUGAGCACGGCCUCACCGUCUGGGUCGACCUCAAGCACGGCAAGGAGCUACACCGCGUCACAGCCUUCAACUCGACUGUCUCGGUAGUCGAGCCCGCCACCUCGUGGUUCGACCCUCAGGUUAUCCUCAUGUACCUGAUCGUUGGCGCUGCCCUCCUCGGCGCGGGUUACUUUGCCUUCACCACCUACUUCGCUCCUCCCAAGAAGACGCGCAAGGGCGCACGCAAGCACGCCAAGGCCGCCCCUGCUGUUGUCGAGGGCACGAUCUCGGACACGGCCAAGGGCGCGUACGAUGAGGACUGGAUCCCGGCCCAGCACAAGCGCCGCACCAAGGACGGCGCGACGUCCGGCGGCGAGGCGACGAGCGGCGCCGAGAGCGGGCCCGAGAAGGCUCGCCGGAGGAGGGCGCGCAAGUAAUUGGGGGGGGGGG